CUCUCGUAAUUUGGUACCACUUACUCGUUACCAUAAAACACGAUUUCAAUACAGGAUAAUAAAUAUUACAAAGUUAUGCUAUGAACGUGAAUUAUUAUUUGACAGAAUGACGGGACAAGACAUAUCUGAUAUUAAUAAUUCUUGCCUGCGUGAAAAUUUAGUAAAAGCAGCAGUACAAUUUUUUCAACAUCCUAAAGUUUCAAGAACUCCAUUCAGUAAAAAGCAGGAAUUUCUUAAAAGGAAAGGUUUAACAGAAGAAGAAAUUAAAAGAGCUUGCGAGUUAGUUGGUAUUGAUAUUAAUGAGCAAAGGAAAUUUGAUAAUCAAAAUGAUUACACAGCAAUAUCAAUACCAGAUAGACCUCCUUAUCCGCACUUCCAAAUGCUAUCCUCUCAGUCCACAUUAUUACAAAAAAUUAAAGAAUUUUUUAACGUCACCGCUGUGAUUGGAGCUACGCUUUAUUGUGUUUAUUGGUUUUAUAAGGAAUUUAUUAAGCCAUUUUUAUAUGGUCGUAAGAAAAAAGAUAGUAUAACAGAUUCUGUUAAUGAACUGGAUAAGGCUAUCCAAAGUUCAAUAAAAGAAAUGAAAGAUUCAAUUUCGAAGGUAGAGAUUGAUGUGAAAAGAUUAUCGCAAAAUCAAUCGAUCGACAUAGCAAUACCACAACUUGUACAAGAACUGAAACAAGAACUAUCUAGUCUAAAAGCGCUUCUUCUGUCAAGAAAACAGUUUCCCAGUGCUCCAGCAUCUAUUCCAUCAUGGCAAUUAGGCACAAGUACAGUUCAAGAAAAAGCAACAGAAAGAGAAGAUGAUGCUGGAAGUGGAAGUAGCACUAAUAAUUCAGAUAGUUCUUUGGAAAUUGUACGAGACGAUCCACCUAAAGAUUAAAUAUAAAACAAAAAAAGAAAAUUAUUUACAACUUCCAUCAAUUCACUUUCUUCCGUCUUAACAGUUUUUAAAGUGCAUAAAAUAUAUUCUGUAACACAUUAUAAAAAGGACAAAAAUCUUGUUUUUAUUCUCAUUUAAUGUUUGUAAAAGUGUAGCCUGUAUAUAAAACUGAUACUAUAUUUUAUUAUACAAAGUUUACUAUCAAAAGAAAUAUUUAAAAUGAAUUUUACUUAUCAAUGAAGUAUUUUUUGUACAUUAAACUUUAUCCUAGGUCCGUUUUACUUACGGCUUUUUUAUUAAAAUAUUAAUAUGAGUAUCAAAACCAUAAGUGCUUAAUAUUGUUAUAAAAAAAAUACGUCUUGUUCAGUUUACAUUGAAAAAUAAUAAUAAUAAUAAUAAUAGUAAUAAUAAUAAUAAUAAUGAUGGUGAUAAUAAUAAUAAUAAUAAUAAUAAUAAUACAAAGAACGAAAUAAAGUUCGAAAGUGAAAAAAAUUAUUUUCUAUGCUGUAUGAAUAUGUAGAGUACAUACAUUGAAUAUGUAAUAUUUAUGUGCACACACGUGUGUUAUGUACAUGGAAAUAAUCUUUUUUGUGUAUACUAAUACAAUUUCGUUUCGUUAAAUAUUGUUUCUAUGUUUUUUAGCAAUGGCUAAUGUUGUUUUGAAACAUGUAAAAUCAUGUGAAUGUAUUAUAAAUCAAUGUAAACAAAUCCUUUAAUAUAUAAGGUAGUCAUUGUAAAGAUUAUCAAAAGAGUUAUUUAAUAAUACUUUAAGAGAAAAAUUUAAUUAAGAAGAGUUGAAUUAUGAUUAUGUAAUUAAUUUCAUGUUUCAAGCACCAAAAAAUGUAGAAAUACCUAUCAAAAACAUAGUUCCUCCUACAAAUUUUAAUAGAAUUAUGCAAUAAUUAUUAUUCACAUAGUUA